AUGGCAUCAGCCAAAACAUCAACUUUAACCCCCAGGAAUUAUGAAUAUGAUUGCACUCGUAAAUGUCGUCUUGUACACCAUGGAAGCCAAAUUAGUGCGGCACUAACAAAACGUACAAUAUCAGAUGAGCAACUUGCUGCUUUUAUUGCAAAGACCUGUGCUAAUUUCAUGGAUAUAGUGGAUGACUUGGGUCGUUCCGCAGUGCACUUAGCCGCAUCUAUGAGUCGUUACGAGAUUUUAGAAUGGCUGCUAAACCAGGGAGCCAUUAUUAACGGUCGUGAUUGUGAAUCCGGCAGCAGCGCACUUCAUCGUUCAAUAUAUUACGGCAGCGUUGAUUGUGCGGUUUUGUUGCUGCGCUAUGGCGCAAGUCCAGAUCUGUUGGAUGAGGACACACGUUGUGCUCUUCAAAACGUUUGCCGACCAGCUGAUUUUGGAAAAUAUAAAGAUGUAGCCAGCAAUAAUGAAAUCUUACUCUGGGGUACCAAUAAAAACUAUAACUUGGGAACUGGUAAUUCGGAGCCAACUAAUACGCCACAGUCAGUAGAAUUUUUUCGCAGGGAGCACAUAUCAAUCAAGUCAGUAGCGCUUGGUGCAUAUCACAGUCUAUUUUUAAAUAAGAGUGGAUUGGUCUACGCCGUUGGACACGGAGAGGGAGGACGUUUAGGAAAUGGUAGUGAACACAGCCUUGCUGCACCUAAAAAAGUGAAAGUACCAAUUAAAGGCAAUGGUGAACAUGUAAUAGCCAUUAGCGUCUCUCGAAAACAUUCUUUAUUGCUAACGAAUAAUUCUACGGUAUUUGCUUGUGGCUUAAAUGAAGAUAAACAAUUAGGUGUUCGUGAUGUUGGCGAGAAAUUGUCCGUAUUUCGCGAAGUAUUAACACUGCGAGAUCUAAAAGUCACAGAUUUGAAGCGUGUAAUUGCUCGCGACUAUCACUCAAUUACCUACUCAAACAAAUGUGUUUAUAUGUGGGGGGCAAAUCACGGUCAAAUGGGUUUAGAUAAUAGUGUAAAGGCUGUGCCUAUGCCAAGACAACUGAAAUUGCCACUGGGAACUGAAAUUAUUUUUGUUGAAGCUAAUAAUGCAGCAACUGUUGUUUACACUAAAGAUGACAAUAUUUUACUAUAUUUUAAUAACAAAAUGCGUACAAUUAAACCACCAAACUUUGAAUCCUUGAAAAGUAUCUGUGUUUUUGGUGGCGAUACCUCGAAGUCUGGUAAAGGCACUGCUACCGCUUUGAAACUGCUUAUGCUUACAGAAACCAAUGUAAUUUUCUUUUGGUAUGAAAUGACGCAACAGUUCUACAGAUGUAGUUUUUCGAACAUAAGAAUCACUCAAAUAGAUAAGAUACUCUAUAAAGCCAAUCAAGUGUUCAUACUCUCGGAUGGUGAUGUCUACAAAGGCAAGUGCCAACAGGUGCCCGUACCGUCUUAUAUGACAAAAAGCGAAAGUCAAAAGCAUCCUUCAUCCGCAGCUAAUAUAUGGAGCAGUUGUAAUCAGAAUAAGACAGAAAUCUGCAAGGAUCAUAUGAUACGAAUUGAACUGCAGAGAUAUUCCAGCGUAGACCGCGCAGUUGAUAUAAGCUGUGACGAAGAUUUCACAUCCUUUGCCGUAUUACAGGAAUCACAUUACAAAUAUUUUAAAGCUCCUUAUUUGCAUGCAGAAUCAUAUAGUUUUAAGAAACUGUACAAUGAUGUGGAUAUAUUUGAUGCUGUACAUGAUGUAGUGUUUCAUGUUGACAGUGAAACUUAUGCUGCACACAAAUUUAUUAUAUAUGCUCGUGCGCCGGGUCUGGGUGAUAUUUUGAAAUCCUAUGAAGAUAAAGAAAUCUAUUUAAAUUUCAAACUUUUGACUGGGAAAAUGUUUGAAAUAAUAUUAAAGCAUAUAUACACAAAUCAGCUUCCGAGCGAAGAAGACUUUGACAAUAUACAACACAGUUUAGGCCCGGAUUGUCCAACUGAUGGUGGUGAUGUUUGUAAAUUGUUUUUAAAAUAUGUUGAAAAAUUCAAGCUUCCGAAUUUAGCAAACUAUUUAAAAAGCUAUUUGCUAAGGUCCCCAUUUUAUUUACCACAAUAUCCUGAUAAGUCCGUUUGUCGUUUUGAUCGUUUACAUCAUGGUGACUUUCCAGAGCUAUAUGAUGUACGCAUUAUUUGCGGAAACGAUGUGGUUAUACCAGCGCACAAAUGCAUUUUAGUUGCGCGCCUUGAUUACUUCAAUAUGAUGUUCACACACACCUGGGCGGAACAGAGCACUAUCAAUUUGAGCACAAUACCGCCGGAGUAUAUGCAACCUAUUGUAGAAUUCCUAUAUAGUUCUGAAGUUGAGCACUUUCGCAAGCAAAAUUAUUCGGAAGCAUUUUUAUACAACAUGAUUGUCUAUUGUGAUCAAUUUUUCAUAGAACGUUUACGUAAAGUGUGCGAAAUUAUGAUAUUAGAUAAGAUAUCUAUACGGAGAUGUGGAGAAAUGUUAGAUUUCGCCUGCAUGUAUAAUUGUGAACUCAUGAAAAGGGGUUGUAUGGAUUUUAUUUGCCAAAAUUUGGCAAGAGUAUUAAAUUAUAAAAGUUUGGAUAUCUGUGAUCCUGAUGCGCUGAAAUGCAUAAAUAAGCACUAUAGACAAAUGUAUAGUGAAGUAUUUGAUUAUCGUGUUAUUACCCCGGAUUCUGGAGCCGUUGACGAUGAAUUAUUGAUGAGCUUUGUCAGUGAUUUUCAUGUGGAUCUCAACUAUCGCAUGGAUGAAGAUGAAGAUGCCGUUCAUAAGUCAGCAGCCAAACUUAAGUCUAGGGAAAACAAAAAUAACAUGAACUCUAAGCGGCAAUACGAACUUGAGGCUAUAUCUUCUAUGUUAGAAUCCAUAAAUGUUGACGAGAAAAAUUUAAAAUCACCACAAGAGACUCAAUCCAAAUCGACGAAAGAAGCUGCAGAUGUUGCAGAAAAAUUACAAGCCGAAGCAAGAAAUUGGAUGAAGGUUGCUGAUAAGAAAGAUCUCAAGAAACGGCAAACACUGGAAGGUUCACUUAAAAUCAACGAAAUACUAAAAGCCGAAGAGAAACCAAUAAUUGAACUUGUGCCCUUAACUAAGAUGCAUGGUGAGGCUACAACUGCCAAAACAUCAGAAAAACCACUGCCAGAAGAUCCAGCAAGUGUGACACCCGUCAAAGGAUAUAGUUUAAAUCUAGCCGACUUCACAUCGCCACCAUCACGUGAGAAACUCUCGCAGAAACAACGUAAGCGUCUCUCAUCCGAAUCGACGCAAUCUUGGCGUGCGCCGGCACCAACAGAUAGCAAACCUGUCAAUAUACCAGUAACACCACCGAAUGCCUGGGGCGUUGUGCCACAAGCUUCAUCAAGUGCUUACUCUGUGUCACCGCCUACGGGCAGUAUAAGCGAUCCAAGCUCUUUCGCCAAUAUGAUGCGUGCUGGUAACAGUAAUGUCCAUAAUAGCAGUCCACAAACUGCUGACAACAGUUUUUCACGGAUUUUAGCCGAUGAACGAAAACAGCGUGAUUAUUAUGAGCGCAUGCGCAAUAAAUCAUUGGUACUGACACAAAUUGAAGAGCGUGCAAUAGCAGAGCUACGCGAAUUUUACAAUGUUGACAAUGUAACAGAUGAAGAAAUAGUUAUCGAGAGGAAAGCAUUAGCACCAACGAUGAAUUUCGCUGUUUGGCAAAGACACUAAUAGAAAGUAGAUACUAGGGGCAUUACUUAAAGUAGAAAAGUAUGAAACCCAGGUCUAGGUAAAAUUUGCGGCAGAAUAAGAAAAAAUUUGCUUUACUCAAUAUUUGAUUAUUUCGUUAUAUAUAUAUAUACAUAC